GAAAAAUUUGUGGCAACAUUGAUACCUUCUUUUUCCGUGCGAAGUUGUUUGAGACACGUGCGUAUUUCACGCCAAAAUCUCUAAAAUAAUACAAAAUGAGUGAAGGCACUGCGACUAUUCGCACUCGUAAAUUCAUGACCAACAGGUUGUUGGCGCGCAAGCAGAUGGUCUGCGAUGUCCUCCACCCGGGCAAACCCACUGUUAGUAAAACAGAGAUCCGUGAAAAGCUCGCGAAGAUGUACAAGGUGACUCCUGAUGUAGUUUUCGUGUUCGGUUUCAAAACGAACUUUGGAGGUGGCAAAUCCACUGGGUUCGCAUUGAUAUACGACACUCUGGACUUAGCUAAGAAGUUCGAACCCAAACACAGACUGGCCCGCCACGGCUUGUAUGAAAAGAAGAGGCCUACACGCAAACAGCGUAAGGAACGUAAGAACAGGAUGAAGAAGGUGCGUGGUACCAAGAAAUCGAAGGUCGGUGCCGCCGCGAAGAAGUGAUGUGACAGUUAAGUUAAUAAAUAUCUAAAAAUCCA